AUGCUUGAAGUUCUAGAUCUCGGAAACAACAAGAUCAUUGAUAGUUUCCCGUAUUGGUUGGGAGAACUUCGGAAGUUGCAGGUUCUUGUUCUUCGCUUCAACAACUUUUACGGUUUUGAGUGGGGUUCUUCUGAAUUUAAUAGUUCUUUCCCUAUGUUGACGAUUUUAGAUCUCUUACACAACAAUUUCAGUGGUCAUUUUCCAACAAGGUUCUUUGAGAAUCUAAAAGCUAUGAUGAAUCUUGAUGAAGCCAAAAGGAAGUUGAAUUAUAUGGGUGAAACAUAUUAUCAAGAUUCACUGGCGAUGGUAGUUAAAGGUUUUGAAAUCCAACUGCAGAAAAUUGUUACUAAUUUUACUACCAUUGAUUUUUCAAACAAUUGUUUUCACAGAGAAAUUCCAAACUCAAUUGGAAAACUUCAUUCACUUCGACUCCUCAAUCUCUCUCAAAAUAGCCUAAAUAGUCAUAUUCCUUUGUCUUUAGGAAAUUUGACUGCACUUGAAGCUUUAGACCUAUCUUCAAACAAGCUUGUUGGAGUGAUUCCAUCGCAAUUGGUAGGUUUGACCUUUCUUGCAAAGUUAAACUUAUCACAAAACCAUCUUGUGGGACCGAUUCCCCGAGGGAACCAGUUCGAGACCUUCCAAAAUGACUCGUACAGUGGAAACCCAGGACUUUGUGGAUUUAUGUUGUCGAACAAAUGUGAUAUUAAUGAGGCACCACAACCAGAAUCGUCAAUAGACCAUGAUGAAGAACACAACAUUUCAACCUGGUUAGAUUGGAAAGUCAUUAUGAUGGGUUACAGAAGCAGACUAUCACUCGGCUUAUCUAUAGGAUAUAUAGUUUUCUCAACAGGAAAACCACGAUGGUUUUUACGGAUGAUUGAUGGACUUAUUCAAAGAUACAAUAGAAAGACUAAGCAAAAGUGA